CGUGCUGGCGCGGCUCGCGGUCGGACCCGCGCGAUUUGGACGCGCUGCUGCAGUACAUCGAGGGGCCCGCGCGCCACGUGGACCGCGGCAAGAAGCGCGCCAAGAAGCAGCGACAGAAGGCCAAGAAGACGGAGGCGCGUCUGACGGAAGCGCGCGCGGCUUUAGCGACGGGUUACGCGGCCGCGCGCGGUUACGUGGCGCCGUUGGCCGCCGCCCACGCGCAGGCUCAAGCGAGACUGAAGGAGUACCGCGCGCAACUGCAGAACACUAAGAAAGGCAAGAAAAAGUUGAGUCCAGCUCAGCAAGCGAAGGUCCAGCUAUUCGCGGAGCAGAUAGGCGAGCUGACGAACCUCGUCAACACCAGUGCCAAGGAAUUAGCUGCGGCUGAGAAACAAGUGCAGGAAUGGUCGGCGAGACUGCAGGAGUGCGAUCGACAGCUGGCUGAGGCCAGGGCCGCGCAGGGCAAGCCGCACGCGCAGCUGGACCAAGCAGCACUGUUGCAACAACAAAAAAACACGGCGGAGUACAAGCAGAAAGUGCAGGAACAUCAGAUGGCGCUGAAACAACAACAGAUGGAGCAGCAGAAACUUGAACUGGAGAAACAGAAGCGAUCGGCUGCUGUGGAGUUUAUCCAAGAAGGCGACAGAGUGGUUUGCGUGCGACGCCGCGCCGACGCGCCUGCGCCGCUCCAACAUUUGCUCAGCAACCACAACAUACUAAACAUGAUGAAAGAAGACACAAAUACGCAAAAGCAGCCAGAAGUUCGAACCAAGCAGACCUGGGAACAGGCGCUAGCUCAUAUCAACCAGCUAGCCAAGGGCACGCAGAAGAAAAAGCAAAAAGAAGAGAAGCAAGCGAAGCAAGAAGCGAAGCGAGCGGCGGAAGCGAAAAAAGCGGCCGAAGCGAAGCCCAAACCACCUCCAGUAGAAGAAACGCCACCACUAUCCAAGAAACAACGGAAGGCUCUGGCUAAACAACAGGCGGAAGAAGAAGAAAGAAAGAGACAACAACAGGAGCAGCAGCAAAAGAACAAAAAGACAGAAGCGAAAAAAGCGGAGCCCGCGAAAGCGGAACCUAAGAAAGCUGACAAGAAGAAAGAACCGGAAGCUAAGAAACCUGAGCCUGCCAAGAAGAAAGAAGAAAAGAAAGAUAAAAAAGCUGAAAAGAAAGGAAAAGAGAAUAAACAAGAGAAGAAUACCCCGGCGCCGGCGCCCAAACAAAAGCAGCCGCAGCCACAGCCGGAACCUAGCAAGAAGAAAGAGAAGAAGAAACAACAGGCAGCUGAACAACCUAAGGUCAUCAACAUCACGCAGGAUACUACCCUUGAAGUUGUCAACAAGAAGAACCAGUGCAACAAUGAGCCGGAGAAACCGGCGUCUUGCAGCAUCAUGGAGCAACUUAGUUCAGGAGUACAGGUGGCAGAUUUGCGACUACCCCCGGGCAUAACAUUAACGCGAGUGCAGCCUACGGAGAAGAAAGAAGCGCCCUCUAUCAAGUCUGUGCCUCUAUGGAAGUGCGGCGCCCUAGCGGCGACGCCGACGCCUGUCGCGCGGCCGCCGCCCGUCAUACACGCCGAUCCUUCCAUGAUGAUGUUCGCCCAUCACCAGCCUGAACCUCCAAAACCAAUAAUCGUCCCGGAGCCGCCGCCGCCGGCGCCUGCCGUCAAGUCCAAAAAGGCCAAGAAGAAGGCAAAGAAAGCCGCCACCGAGGAACCCAAGCCCGACGCCAAGAUGGUCACUCUAAGAAACCCGAUGUUCCAUCCAAAUCUACCUCCAGUCCAAGUCACCUCUGCUCCAGUUCAGAAAAAAACAGAACAGAUCAGGAUACCUGAUCCUAUACCGAUGCCGCCGACCCCUUGCCAAGCAACUAUUACUCCUACGUCCAAUGGGAUGUAUACCAUCAGAAACCCUCUUAUGUCCAUGAUGCAUCAACAAAGUUUAAUGGGAAUGCGCCCCCAAACGCCCCAAGUGAAUCCCAUGUACAAUCCACAGUUCAACUACGUCAAUCCGAAUGUCUACAAUCCAGUGCAGACAGUCCCGAAUCAGUACAUGGAGAGAACUUCACCUAAACAGGACGAGUUUCAAAAUAGGAUCAUGAAUUUGGCAUCGUUCACACAAAAGAACGAUGAGGGGUAUUCCUUGUUCAAGACCAACGAUGAUCAUCAUCAAAGAAGCUUCCUAUCACCGGAGUACUACGUUGACAAUGCUAGCCCGAAGCCAGUGGUCUCACCGAACCCAAUUGGAACGAGACCGAACAACGAAUCUAACCGUUCCUUCGAUUCAAACGACUCAUCACUAUUUGCAAAUCCCAUACAGAGACCGGAGCCAAUUGGGACUCCGUUGAAACGUGAUGAAGAAAGGAACGACUUCACCGGACUGUACACUCCGUUUGGACAUGAAGACAGGAAUGUGUUCCGCAGUGCACUGUUCAGUGAUAAGUGUGACAUCGGUGGAAACGCUGGCAAGUUUGACGAUGUGGCCAACCAUAUGGCCAACGGUGACUCGCUGCCUUACUUCCAGAGGCUACGUGUUGGGUCCAAGCUGAACAACGAAGUGACCAUACACCAUGUGACGGAGUCCAAGUUUUACAAAGGGCAGGAGCCAAUAGAAGGGGAGUCGCUAUUCUCUCGCAUGCACAGCGGCUGGCCGGCGCCGGCGCCGCUCAGCAACAACAACAAUAUCGGGCACCCCCACCAAUCCGGCCGCUCGUCUCCCACGGGAUCCUCGCUGUGCUCGUCGUCCGCCGGCGCCUCCGCCGAAGACGACGCGCCCUUCGGAGCCGUCGGGACCAGGCACGCGACCGUACAUGCUCACGCGGGCUCGCACGUGGGGUAGACGUAACUAGCACGUGCCAGUGUACCUUUGACAUCAUAGUCUGUUUAUUAUACAGGGUAACUUUGCAAU